CCGCAACAGCAAGAAGAAGAGAUAGAGGACAUCAUCAUCGACGAUAUUGAUAUCGAUUUCCAGACAGUAACUCUCAAUUCUUCGAACCCUACCCCCAACAGUAACAAUUCCACCACAACCAACACUGAAAGAAAUGCAAGCCGCCCCUCUGAACCAAUUCCCCUUGAUAUUUCCGACGAGGAGGAAGAAAAUAUUAACAGCAAUGCUACUAACAAUUCCAAUUUCGCUAGUGUGAACGGUGAUACUAGUUAUUUUGAGGUAUCAACUUCUCCGGUGAACGGCGUUUUGGAAAGGCUAGGGCUUAGAGUGAAGAGAGAAUGGCUGGAUUCUUGUUUACAUGGCCUUCAGUUGUCAGUCGCGGGGUUUCAGGGAUUGGACGAUUCAGCAAAGGCCAAGCUUUGCUUCGGGCAGUUCUUGUUCUCGGACAUGAACUAUUGCGGGGCAGGGGCGCUUCCUCCAAAUGUGCACACGUUACAUUUGGUCGAUCUCAAGGGGCCUUUUGUUUUGCAGGUGGAUGAGAUUGUGAAUAUCAGCUGCCCUCUUCGUGGAAGGUACCAAAAUGCUGCAUCAGGAAUCAAAAGGUGUCUCAAGUUGUCUAUGACAGAUGGCGUCCAGCGUGUGUUUGGCAUGGAAUAUCGGCCUAUCAAAGAUCUUGAGGUUCUGGCUCCUGCAGGAUUGAAGGUAGCUAUUUGUAAUGUAAAUGUUAGGCAUGGGUUGUUGUUGCUGGUCCCUGAAGCUCUUGAAGUCUUGGGAGGCACUGUAGAGGAGUUGGAAGCUGCACGGCAGAGGCUUGUUAAUGAAAUAAAUAAGCCACCAAGAGGAAAAAGAAAUAGGACAGGAGUAGUUCCUCCUCUGGCAUCUAGAGCAACUCUUGCUGCAUGGCCAUCACGUAAUGAUCCUGUUCCAGAGAAUGCAGACAGCAACACCAGGUCGAAUUCAAUAAAUCAGCAGGCAAGUGGGCAAGGAACUGCCGUUGGCAUCCAUGCCAAUGAUAUCACCACUCAAGCUUUUGCAACUCCAGUCAGUAGGAAUAAUACUGAGCUUAACAUGUCAGCUGCACGUCGGCCACGAGAACAUGAAGAAGUUCCAAGUUAUACUGAUAUGCAUGCAAGUGCACGUUUAGCAGUUACUGGUCAAGGAACUGCCUUUGGUGGCCCAACCGAGCAUCUCUGCCAAUAACAUGUCUGAGGAUGGUAAUGUUCGAGUGAGUAGGGAUAAUGGCGAUCCGGACACGUCAUCUGCCAUAUACAUGGAUGUUGAGGAAAUAUCUAUAGUAGAUGAGUUGGAGCACCAUUUUAUACUUUCCAGAGAUAAAGAAACCCCUUUUACAUACUUGGCUACUUUAUCAGCGAAAUGCGUGACAAUUGAGGAUGAAGCUUCCAUGGUUCGAGGAAAAAUAAAGCCAAGUGUUGCACUUAAUGGGAUUAUGCAGUGCUUUCUGACUGGCGUUAAGGGGUUUCAAUACAAACAAAGGGCUACGUAUGAGCUUCGAGUUUAUGUCGAUGAUGGCAGCCUGAUCUCAGAGAUCCUCAUCGAUCACAGUGUUGUACAGAAUGGAAUAGGUUAUUCUCCUCAGGAAGUUACAAGUGCUCUUACAUCUUCAGACACAAAGCGUGUGCGUGAGAUGAAGGAAACAUUGAAAAAAUUCCAGAUAUUCUUGGUUAAUUUUGAGGGGACAAUGCUUGUAGAAAUGAAUAAAUCCUGUCCUGUUCCAAUUGCUGUUGAAAUGAACCAGGGUUGUCCUGCUUCUGAUGCCUGGUUACUCCUCAAGAGGCUUAAAUCUUCCAGUGUUGCUCAGCCGCAGAACCAAUCUCAUCAAAAUCCUAUUGACCUAUCCCCUUAAAGCCAAAAGACUUUUGCGGUGCUCCAUGUACUCCGAAACAAAACAAAAUCAUCAGCUGUAACAUAGAGGAGAUGUUCCAUCAAGACAAUGAGAACUAUAUAAAAGGUCGGGAACUACUUGCACAAAACCACUUUCCAUGUUAAAAAAUUGCUUCAUAUUAAAAGACGAUCUCAUUGACAUAAAACUACUUGAGUUGAUAUUACUUUAAUAAGCUUUUCAUGGUAGUGCUAAGAUUGAUAUGAGCCUUUUAAUAUCAGCCCGAUUCUUACAACAAUAGGGUUCUGACCAAGAUAUAGUUACACACCGGUGCUAGGGGUGUAAUUGUUUCUAGUGUUAAA